AUGGCGCGUGAUGCUGAUGCUGUUAGGCAUUCUUCAAGCUCUUCUGGUUCAACUAAGAGAAGAAUGUAUCAUGUGUUUUUGAGCUUUCGAAGGGAAGACACUAGGACCAGUUUUACUGAUCAUUUGUAUGCUGCUUUAAAACGCAAAGGAUUAAAAGCUUUUAGGGAUAAGGAAGAACUUGAAAGAGGAGAAUCUAUCAAACCAAGUUUACAACAAGCAAUUGAGGAAUCUCAUUGUGCAAUUGUUGUGCUUAGUCCAAGUUAUGCUUCUUCAACUUGGUGUUUGGAUGAGCUUCAAAAGAUCCUUCAGUUAAGGGAAGAGUCCAGUCUUCAAGUAUUUCCAAUAUUUUAUGGUGUAGAUCCGUCUGAUGUUAGGAAACAAGAGGGGAGUUUUGCGGAAGCAUUGAAGAAGCAUGAAGAAAGAUUUCUAAAAGACAAAAUGAAGGUGCAAAAGUGGAGGGAUGCUUUAGAAAAAGUUGCCACUAUAUCUUUUGGGACUCAAAAAACUGAUAACUUCCACUUCUCUUAG